CUUUACAUCGAAAUUUGCAAGAAGAUUUAGAAGAUACAUAAUUUACUACCAUAAGUUGUUUUAUUUACGUCCAAAAAGUACAAAAAGCAAAAGCAUAAGGUCGUUACACCAAAAGGCAUCAAAAUAAGCCCCUCAGAUGUAAAUACCUAUAAAGGCCUUGCUAUGACGAUGCUUGCGAUGGCGCGAGGUUCGGAAGACAGGCGAGAGGACCCGGAGGCCGAAACAGAGGCCGAAUCUGAGGCCAACGGAGAAGUAGAUGUAGUAGGAGUGGAAGAGGCCGCGCCAGUAGACCUGACGAGAAGAUUAGGCCUCACGCGGCCACCCGAACGGCCGGCGAUAGCGUUCUCAGUAGAAAACAUUCUAGACCCAAAUAAGUUCACGGGGAGGUCGGAAGUCCCGUUGAGAUACGAUGAGCAAUACUGGAGGCCGCAUUAUGAUAGAGAUGAUAGUGAUUCUGUAAAAGACCACCUGCAACAUUCAGACCUGGAGACGGAUGAGGUGGAGACGGACGACCAGACGUCCAACCUCGAUGACGACAUUCUCACACAGUCAGACCUCGACGAGAAUGGAGACCCUAAGAGUCCCACCAGCUCUAGCUCGAAGAAGGGCAAGAACGGUUCGUCCCGCGACAGCAAGGGCGGCACGAAGCCUCGGCGCGCGCGCACCGCGUUCACCUACGAGCAGCUGGUCUCUUUGGAAAACAAGUUCAAGACAACGCGGUAUCUCUCCGUCUGCGAGAGACUCAAUCUCGCGCUCAGUUUGAGCCUCACUGAGACGCAGGUCAAAAUCUGGUUCCAAAAUCGCCGCACGAAGUGGAAAAAGCAAAAUCCAGGGAUGGACGUGAACAGUCCGACGGUGCCUCCACCGCCUGCCGGGGCCUUUUCCUCAGGCCCAUAUCCUGGGGGUCUUCUGUACUCCCAUGGGGUCCCCUACCCCUUUACGGGGCCUGGACCCUACGCCCCUUACUUCCACCAUUUGGCAGCAAACCAUCAUCAUACACAUGGCAGUCUAGGCCACUCUCAUACGUGA